AUGGCCAAAGUCAUCAUCUUGGCCAUCGCGGUCCUGUUUUCCUCUGUCCUUGCCUCCCCCAACAAUGUCACAAGAGCACCCAUCUUUCCCUCCAUGCGAAGGACUCUGGAUGCUCGCUCCUCCUCCAUCUGCAUUAACUGCGACUAUCUAUGCAAUCAAUCUCCGAAGCUCAAUGAGGCUACGGCAUGUCAACACCUUUGCGCGGGCGAUGAGGAUGACCGAUAUGACAAGUCUGUGUGCCUUGGCAAGAAGCAGCGCAAGUUGCUAGCGCUCUCUCUCUUUCGCGAGGACGCCGCCUAUAUCAGCACUCUUGACAAACACGAGAUCAAAAACUACCUCUUGGUACACAUGGAACCCAUCAUAUUCGCAGACUCGAAACGCAGACGCAGCGACCCUAGGUUCAUGAAUGUCCGCAAGUGCCUCGAUUGCGAGGCCGUGUGCGAUGGCGUGUACGGUGGUUGGGCGCGACCAGGCGAUGCGGAGGUGUGUUCGACGGUAUGUAAAGGUAAGGAGGAUGAUGAGUGCAAGUGGAUGAGCCAAGAGCAACAGGAUCUGUACUGGUCGGUGUACUAUGGACCGAAGUGGAAGACUGCCCCUCCAGAGCUGGAGGAGAUUUGGCACCAGUUCAAAGUUGGCAAGGAGGAUGACAGGCUAAAGCGCUCGAUCGAACCACCUUCCGCCAAUAGUACCCUCGACAAGGUCAAUUCUGCUACCAAAGAUAUUCUCAAGUCUUUGGCCGACACUGAGUCCGAAGAUCAAGCCAGUGGUCUCAAGAAACGCUACAAUCCUGACAUUAAUUUCAACUGCUUCUUCAUGUGUCACAUUGAAACCUCAGUGUACAAUCGCCAAGCCUGCCGUACUGUCUGCAAGAAGAAAUCAGAGAAGCAGAAAUGCAAAACCAACCUGAACAAUAAGCAGCUGCACGCUCUUGUCAGGGCGUAUUACCCGGGCAGCGGCGAGAGAAUCUGGAACUUCUGCUAUGAGGAGACCAAACAUGACCGAACUGGCUGCUUCAGGCGCCGGAUCUUGAAGGAUUUUCCUGAUCUGGCUCCUCGUAAGCAUCAUCCCAAGUGUCCGUAA